AUGAAUUCCUUCCCAUUGCUUAAUCCAUUACACUGGGGCUAUAAUGGUACCGUAACCCAACAUGUGUCUCCAACUUCUGUGAAAUUGACUUUAAAGGAAACCAAGACUGCGAUUACAUUUAAUCAAUUUAUCAAUGAGUAUGUAACUGGUUUGAGAAAUGGUGCUAGCUUUCAACUAAACCCAAAAUUAUUUACUGGUAUCUUGCAAACUUUGUAUUUAUCCAGUGCUGACUUUUCAAAAACUUUCCAAGUUUUUUAUGGUAGAGAGGUUGUUACUUAUUCAGAUAAGGGUAUUUCUACUGCUGAUUAUGUUCUCACUAAAGAAUGGAGCGAAAAGUAUGCUAUAAAACCAUUUACUUCCUCUUAUAACAAAGAUCUAUUUUCCCAAGACGAAAAGGAAACUCAUUUGGAAAACUGGCCACGUUUACAACCACGUACAAGGUAUUUAACUGAAGAAGAGAAAAUUAAGUAUAUAGAAAACGACACCAGACCAUUAAUUGUUAUUAUGCAUGGUUUAUGUGGUGGAUCACACGAACCUAUUAUCAGAUCUCUAGCAGAAAAAUUAAGUGCUAGUGGUGUCUUUCAAGUUGUUGUUCUGAACACUAGGGGUUGUGCUCGUUCCAAGAUUAGCACUCAAAAACUUUUUAGCGGGUUUUCUACAGGUGAUUUAAGGGAAUUUAUUAAUGCCAAAAUAGCCAAAAACCCAGAUAGACGUAUCUAUUGUGUUGGUUUUUCAUUUGGCGCAACCUUAUUAGCCAACUACUUAGGUGAAGAAGGAGAAAAGUGCCCAGUGAAGGCUGCUUGCACUUUGUGUAACCCAUGGGAUAUGGUACACGCCGCUGAAAAAAUGACCCAGGACUUUUGGAGCAAGACUCUUUUUUCCAAAGCAAUUGCUCAAUUUUUGGUUAGAUUGGUUAAAGUUAAUAUGAAAGAACUAGAGCAACCAGAAGACGUGAACAACGAAGUGUUUACUCAAAUUAGUAAACAUAACCCUUCUACUCAUGUUUUCACUAAAUCGAACUUAUCCAAAGCAAAAAAUUUUAAAAACACCAUGGAAUUCGAUAACACUUACACUGCUCCAUGUCUGGGUUACGAAUCUGCGUUGAGUUACUAUGCUGAUGUCACUAGCAUUUUAAGGGUCCCUCAAAUUGCAGUUCCAUUUUUAGUUAUAAACUCUGAGGACGAUCCCGUUGUUGGUACCAGUACACCAAGAAUUAUAAAAACAAUGGUAUCUAAUAAAAACGUUGUAUUUUGUAGUACCGAUUUAGGUGGUCAUUUAUGCUAUUUAGAUAAAAACUAUGAUUCUUGGUGUAACGUUCAAAUUGCAAAUUAUUUUGAAAAAUUUGAAACUUUAAUCGAAAAUUAG